AUGGAUGCUCGACUGCUGAUAAAAUCAAAAUCUGGUCAAAUGAAACAGUCGCGAUCUCUUGUCGUUUUGAACAGUAAAGCUUUGGAACCUCAUCAUUCCUCGCCGAAUGCCAAAUGGGAGAGGGACGACGAUUCGAAUGUUUAUCAUCGGCACAGAUCCAAGGUUAAGCAGAAUAUGCAAACCUCGUUGAAUGCUGCGUUAAAGUCGGAGGAUCCCAAACUCUAUUCAUGGGUAACAAAUCCAAUGCAACAGGCCGGUCGAAACCGAUCAAAGGAACGUCGCAAUAAAACAUCAAGCGGCGAUCGCAAAAACUCUGUUCGAUCUCCAGGAGCAAGACGUCUUCGCAAAGUCUUUUCGUUCAACUCUAAACAAAAGGCAUCAAAGCGAGACUCCAGCUCCAACGAUCUCACAUCAUCGACAUGGCAUGGUGACGGUUCUCCAACCACCUCAAAACAUUCAGGACACGGUGGUGCGCGGAGAAUGUUGAAAGGAAAGUCCAAAUCAUUUCGACAGGAUCCAAAUGCAUCAAGAUUUACUUUGGAAGAGCAGAAUGUUUGCCGUGAGAGCAGUCUAAACAUUCCUCUGCACCUCAAAGCCGUAUGCAAGCAGCCAGCAAGAUCAUCUCCAAGAACCGUGCAACGAUCCACAUCUGCUCGUAUUUCAAAAAGCAAAAACAGUGCACCAACGUCACCCACGUUGCAACGAUCUACUUCCGCUAGGGUUUCCUCGCCAACAACGACCAAAGUUCCGAGUGAACAACUACCAUCACAGCUCUCACCCAAAUUGAAACGGUCCACAUCGGCUCGUAUGCCCUCCUCCAAUGGCCCCACAUCACCGACAUUGGAACGAGCUCGAUCGGCUCGUCUUUCAAGGAGGGGUCGGCGACGCAGUAUUCACGAUGAUCAUGGAGAGGGGAUUUUCAAUGAUAUCAAUAGGGAAAAGGGAUACAUCGCAUCCUUCUUGGGAUCGUCAGAUCAUUCAUCACAACAGAGUAACUUUGAACACAGCAACGGUAUGCUCGUGUAG